AUGGCGGAUCAUCGAGUUUGUGUUGGACAUUUGUGGGCAAACUUUAGAGAUGAAGGGCAUCGAGGGGUUGCACUGAAGGAUAAGCUAUGGGCUGCAGCAUGUGCCUAUACCAAAGCCGAGUUCAAUGCACAUAUGCAGGAGUUAAAAAGAAUGAGCCCAGCUGCUUUUGAGUACUUGGACAAGAUUGAUCCAAGUGGGUGGUCUAGAGCAUGGUUCCACGAUUACCCUAAUUGUGAUAUUUUUGUGAAAAACAUAUGCAAGUGUUUCAAUGCCUACAUUCUGAAAGCUCGUGACAAGCCUAUAUUGACCAUGUUGGAGAUGAUAAGAAUAAAACUUAUGAGGAGGUAUCAGGUCAAAAGGGAUGGCAUUUCAAAAUGGACUGGGAAGUUAUGUCCUAAGGUGGCAAAGAAGCUAAAGUCAAUUGGGCAAGAUGCAAUGGAAUGUGUUUCCCAUUUUGCUGGUGAGAUAUUGUUUGAAGUGGAAGCUCCCAGACGGUUGCGGUAUGUUGUGGACUCGCGUAAAAAAACUUGUGGUUUUAGAAAAUGGGAAAUGACUAGUAUCCCACGUGCGCAUGCAGUUUGUGCUCUACUGUUUGAUUAUGGGGAACCUGAGGAUUAUGUCCAUGAAUAUUACAGUUUAGAGAUGUACAAAAAAGCAUAUGUCUCAUUAAUAUACCCUCUGCCUAGUGAGGAACAAUGGGUUCGUGCUGUCGAGCAUGACAUAUUGGAACCUCCAAGACCAAGAGUCGCCCCAGGUAGACCUAUGAAGCUACGAAUUAGGGGUCCUGAUGAGAGUAAAGACCCUAAAAAUUCAAACAGAAUGAGGAUAUUUGGAGCAAGGAUGAGAUGCUCCAAGUGUAGGGUAUUUGGGCACAAGAAAAGGGCAUGUCCACUAAAUGGGGCUGGACCCUCUGCACAAGCUUCACAAUCUACAACAGAGGUCGAGUGUCCUAGCCAGCCUGCAGCAAGUGUGAGUUGA